AUGAGAAAACCCGAGGCGCUGUGCCGAUGCGAAGAGAAGAACAUGGUGUGUGGGACGAACGGGGAGACUUACAAGACGAUUUGUGCCUUGAGGACGGCUGCGGCCGGGACUGAAGAAGGCGAACAGCCGCGACUGGAACUGGCCAGCUGGGGACCCUGCAAGAUGAGUCCGUGCCUCUGUCCUCCCGUGUACCUCGAAGGUCGCGGUCGUUCCCGGUUCGGAGUCCGUCUUCUGCUCUUCAUCUGCGAUCCUCCUCCUCCUACAGACUCUCAGCAAUGGAGCUUGGGUGUGUUUUCAGGUGACUACACGACGAUAGCCGUGCAGACGAGAGGGGGACCAGAGAGGCUCAUGGUGAGCGGCUGGGUCCAAGUGAUGGACAUCCAACCCGGAGAUGGUGGCUUGUACACGUGCGUGGCCGUCAAUGAACUCGGGGAGGCCAGGGCCACUGCCAACAUCGGCGUCUACAAGGGCACGGAGGAAAAUACAACCGAGGAGGAGGAGGAGGUAGAAGAAAACGACAUUUAAGAAGCUGAAUCGUGUACAGUGAGAUACAUAUCCGGAUUCCCCGCUCUACAACAACCUGAUUCCGUGGACCUGAGAACCCGGUUCACACAGGCUGGACCUUGAAAAUGCAAUUAGUCGCUACUCUCACUCUCAUAUAAGAUUUCUGCCGGAAUACUAGCUACAUUCCGGUGGAGCCAUCGAUUUCCACUCCCUCCCCUUCCUUAUCGUGGUCCUUUGUCUCCACUCCUUUUGUUCUUCGCCUCGAUAUGGUAGGAAAGGAUCCUUGUAGCCUACGAAGCCCGUCAUUCCUCACGCGGUUUCGCUGUAUCAUAUAGAAAAUGUAGCAGUGAUGUGUAAAAAAAUACUGAGGCAUGAAAGAUUGAUUGUCAACGGACAUGAUCUGAAUCGCUGAUGGUGCUAGACGUUCUUUCAGUCAUUUGUACAGAAGUGCCAGUCGUCUCUCAACGGUGCUUUCUUCGACUUUUUCCACUUUUCGUGCCCGGCAUUUCUCGUGUAGCUUUCCUCGGAGAGUUUCUUUGCAUGCUUUUUUCUUGGCAUUUAUCGCCGACACGUGCCUUACGAAAACAAAAUCAAUGUAUUUUGUGCCGAGAUCGCCAAGAGUUGCUAUAUGCAUGGAGUGAUACUUCGCAUUUUUCUAUAUGCUUAUCCUAUCCUCUCUCCUUCACUUUACUUACGUGACAAACAUGAGAUGCUUGAGGACCUAAUCUGUGUUCAUGAAAAUGUGAAUAUUUCGAGAUAUAUUUACAGUUAUAUAAAUAUAUAUACAUGUAUGCACACAGAGAGAAUAAAUGUUUGUACAAAAUGAUGUGAAUAAAGAUAAUAAAAGGGC